UUAGAAAGUGGUGAAAAUGUGCAUAUUCUGGAGUAUUUGGAAAUGGGUGUGGCAAAAUGGCUCAACAGCGCCACCUGGAACACAGCCCCUAGUUAUUCUUAAUUUCAUAAAUAAUUAAAGACAUAGAGUAUUCUAUGACAUCAAUUAUAAAAAAUUUAUGACAUAGUAACCUGUGAUGACAAAGAACAGGAGUUUUCUAUGUGAUCAUAGGAACUUGUGGUGACAUAGAAGAUGAGUCUCCUAUCUCCCAAAAGGAGCCUUCUUAACUUAGGUGAGCUGGUUUCCAAGACACACGUACUACUCCAGCUUGAUCCUGUAGAAGAUCUUCUAGGUCCUCAGAAUCCGAGAUUUCACGCUCAUCAAGACCAUGCCCCCCUUAUUUUCCUCAUCAACCGUAAGUCUGAAAUGAUUGCAACCAGCCAUACUAACACUCUGGAUAAAGAAAAUCAAAGGCAUAUUUUCAAAUGCAUAUCAAUCAAUCUAUUAAGUAUAUACUGUUAUAUUUCAAGCUUUAUUUUGUCGAUCUACCUAUAGUCAGCUUGCCAGAAAAGAAGCUAGCCAGCUAACAGCGAGUUAGCAUUGUACAUAUUUCUCUUUCUCACUAGUAAUGGAUUGUAAAUAAGACUCACUUGCACCAGAUGUGCAAAAGCAGCUCUGUGAAAUCAAUGGUAGGUGUUGUUUAGUGAAGAAAUGCCGCAUGGGUCAUAUUGUGUAAAAAUGAACCCAUGUGUAAAGGUUUUGUAGAAACAAUAUUCUUUCAAUCAAAAAUACUGAUGUCUAUAUUAGCCUUAGCAUUUGUAACAUUUCAUUGCGGAAUGUAAAGUAACAGUGUGAUAGUUUCAACAUCAAGUCAGGUGACUUCCUGUGAGCCAGUUUUUUUAACCAUACAUUUACCUGAAUUCAACAUGAUAAUGGACUACUUGGAAGUUUGCAUCUUUAUUUACAGAACCUGGUGAUAAGUAAACAGCAAGAUUGUUAAAGUGAAGACCGAAGAAAGAAAUCCAUGGCAGAUGAACUUGGGCAGUCACCCAAGAAUUGGACUGAAACUCAACUUUUUGCAAAUGGAGCCAGAGGCCAUGGAGAAUGUCUGAGGUACCUGUGCAGUGAUCACAUUCCAGAGGAACUUAAAGAUGACUGGGACCCAUUCCAUGGUUGUUUGAAAAAGCUUUGCAAGACAUUGGAAGAUGCCUUGGAGUGGAUUUCAGGAGACCUCAGUUACUUCCAGACAGACACUGGUGUAGAUGAAGAUGAGAUUAAUUUAAGUCUUGAGGGGAAGAUAAAUAAUUCACUAAAAUGGUUGGCAAAUAUAUCCUCUAAGUUGGGAAGGUACUUGAUUGAUUCUUCUUCUAGAACAUUUCUACAAACUGGCCAGUCAACCGCAACCAAUCUAACUCCUAUACAAAAACGCAUCGUCAUCUAUCAUCUUGGCGGGGGUAACGUCACAUCCAUCCUCUCUAAGUUAGGUGAAGAGAAGGGUGCAGUAGAUACUCUAAAGAAAAUCCUUUCCCUCUACCCAAGCAAUCCACUGAUAUCAAAGUUUGACCAGCGUGAUAUUGUGAAUUACACACUGACCAGCAUUACUCUGAACUGCUUGUCACCGAUGGCUCCGAAAGUUCUUUCCCUCAGAGUCCUUCAGGACCUUUGUCGUCAGUUCCCAGCUGACAAAGAUAAAUGUCUACCAAGUUCCUUGUUCCUGCUUACCUUACUAUUCUGGCCAGAGGAUAAAGACACAAACAUUGAGAGAGAAAACAAAUAUGAAGUUGUCCAAUCAGCUGUUCAACACAUGGAGAAAGGAUACUGGACCAAGAUGAAAGACAUUCCUCCUCGGAAGAGAAGACUUUACACCCAUUUCUUUCUGGGCAGUGGAAAUGGAUUGGAUAAAUUUAUCCACAAGAGAAAGUUAAAAGGACUCGUAAGGGGGACAUCUCUCUCUGAGAAGCGCAUGAAGUGGUUUAGUGGUGAGGUAUGGAAGAAGCCUGAGAUUGACAAGUUGUUAAAACGUGUUUCUGGAUGGACUGAUGAUGGAGUGGUGUACCUCGAGGGCCCUCAGAAACAGAAGUUCAGGAUAAUGCCGCUUCAUUUACCUUCACUGCCUCAUAGCAAUGAAAACAUCACCUUCUACCUGGGGUUCACCUUCAGAGGUCCUGUUGCCUACAACAUCGUGGUAAAUAAAUAGAAUCGUUGCUCAGAGACAAACUGUCAUUUACCAAAGCAUGGGCUUUGUAGUAAUAGGAGAAAGACAAGAUUGAUUUUUAAUUCAAAACACGCAAGGUUACCUUUGUCAGUUUGUCAAGCAGUAAAUGAUUUGUAAAAUAUUUAGUUUUUUAAGAUAUGAGAUAUUUUGAUACAUUUAGCAUGUUUCCUCUCUUGUACUUGUAUAAACAGUGUAAUAAGUGUACUCAAAACACGACUUUUAUAAGUUUCCUUAUUGGUUCUAAACAUUUCUGAAAAAAGAACAUCAAUUUAAACAAAAUGUGCUACUUUGUGAUUUUAUAGAAAUGAUAGUCUUUUAAAGAUCUGUGUGUUGAGCUGUUAUUUUCGAUUGUUUUUGAAUGCAUAGCGUACACUCACUCCUUCAUGCUUACCAAGAUACAAUGUAGAAAGGAAGUGAAGCUAAAUAUAUUUAUUAAUGGGAAUUCUAUCAGUAUUUUAGUCAAAGAUGUAUCGAAAACAAAUCAACAAAACAGUGUUCAAUUCAAUACAAUGUCUGUGCAUAUUUAUCAUGCAAAUGACAAAUGUUUGAAUAAAUGUAUGUGUAGCUAUUGAAAAGAAUGUUCUUGAUAUGGGAUUGUAUAGAUAUUGAAUAUAUUCUAUGCAAGCUAUGGAAACAUACCUGUUCUCAACGUGAAACUGCACAUAAAGCCAGUUGCACUAUCGAGCAUUGAAUGUCAUAAGAAAUGAUUACAAAGUUUAAAAGUACGUGAAAA